AUGCCAAAUCUUAAACCAGCUAAAGAAGAUACUUGGGCUUUCCAAACUAUUGGAUCACCUUUCCCAGAUGCACCAGUAAAAGUUAUUGGACAACAAAAUCAAUAUGUUGCCUUAUGGUACAAAAAUGGAAAACCAAUUCAUGGAAGAGCUUGGAAUAAUGGUGGAGUUGUUGAAUGUUCCUUCCCAUACUUGAAGACUGAACUUAAAGGUGCUCAUGAUCUUGGUGGUCAAAUUCAAAUUCUUCAAUAUAAAGGAAACCAUCUUAAUCUUGGUUAUUGGUACAAUUGGAUUAAAUAUUCUGAUCGUUUCAACAUUGAGAAUCGUGAAAUUCUUCAUUGUGGUGAUUCAAUUCCAAUUUUAUGGAAAAGUCGUCCAAAUGGAGCAAUCCUUGGAUAUCUUGAUAACAAAACUGAAGUUGCCAAAUUUUCUCAUGAUGGAAUUUGUGAAGAAAUUGUUGGACCAAAACUUUCUGAUUUCCUUAUUAUUGUAAGAGAAUUAAAAGGUGCUCCACCAGGUUGUGAAUGUUGUGAAUGUGCUGUUAAACCACCACCACCACCAACUCUUAGAGUUAGUAGUAAUGUAUGGAAAGAUUACCGUAUUGGUGAUAGCUUCCCAACUGAUGGAACACCACUUAAGGCUCUUGGAAAAUCUCUUAAUACUUUAGGAGGAGAGAGUGGUGAUCAAUAUGUUGCUUUAUGGUAUCAACAAGGUGAACCUGUUUAUGGACGUGUCUGGAAUGAAAAUGGUAAAAUUGCUGGUUGCUUCGCAUGGCACGGAAAUGAAUACCGAAGAAAUUUGGGAUCAAUUCAAAUGUUAUUCGAGCUUCCUGAAGCAAUGCGUGGAUAUGAUUACUUGUGGGUUCCAUAUCAAGAAGGAUGUACAGCCGUCAGAAAUCCAGACUCAACAGUUCAACCAGUUCAUGUUAAAUUUGCUAAAGGUGAUAUAACUCCAGCUGUUUUAAGUUUGGAUGGUGGUAAACAACUUCUUGGAAAAGCUGAUAUGAUGAAUGAAAGAACUGAAGCUGGUCAUAAUGGAAAAGGACUUAUUCAAGAAGCUAAAGCUGUUCAUACAUGUGUUGUUUUAUGCAGAAAAGCUAAACCAGGAUGUAAACUUGAAGAUGAUGCUUAA